UGAGUUUCUGCCAAUAUGUUCUUCUCCAAAUCAAUCCCUCUCUUUUUCUUACUCUUCUGUCUUUUACACCAUGCAGCGCUUGGUGCUUCACCACUUUUCCAUUUUUGUUUCAGCAAAGAAAACUACACUGCCAAUAGCCCAUAUGGUGCUAACUUGAUUCAGCUGUUCAAUCUUCUGUAUACAAAAGUUCCUCCUACUGGAUUUGGCCUUGGAUCAACUGGUGAAGGCCAAAACCAAGCGAAUGGGCUAGCCCUAUGUCGUGGGGAUGUCUCAAGCCAAGAUUGCAAGACUUGUGUCGUUGAGGCAAGCAAAGAGCUUGGUGAGCGCUGCCCUAGUAGAAAAGGAGCCAUAAUAUGGUACGACAACUGCCUGUUCAAGUACUCAAAUGUGAAUUUUGCUGGGAAAAUUGAUAAAAACAACAGGUUUUAUAUGUGGAAUGUCCAAGAAGUAGAUGAUCCCACGCCAUUCAAUGCGAAAGUUAAGGAAUUGUUAAGCGGGUUAUCUACUAAAGCUUCUUCUAAUCCAAAGUUUUAUGCUACUGGUGAGCUAGAGCUCAGCUCAUCAGAAACGCUAUAUGGUUUGACUCAAUGCACAAGGGACCUCUCUAGUUCCGAUUGUAAUAAGUGUCUUGAUGAUGCAAUAAGCGAAUUACCAAAUUGUUGUGAUGCGAAACGAGGUGGGCGUGUUGUGGGUGGGAGUUGUAACUUUCGAUAUGAACUUUACCCCAUUGUUCAUCCUUAACUAGAUUAUAUAGCUCUCAGUCGGUUAUGACCAUGCAGCAAUAUUAAUUCAAUAAGUUCAGAACAUGUUUAGAAAACAUGUUAAUUGUUAUAAAUCUGAAAUGUUUAUUACAUAUUAUGCUUACAAAUAAAUGAAGUGAUAUGCAUGGGACUUCUAUUGCCUAAUU